AUGUCCACUGACACUUAUGGGUGGACCGUGCAAGAUUGGUUGCGAUUCCAUGCAGACUCAACGCCCGAGGUUUCGUUUAAGGCGUUGCUCGCGCUUGUGAAGAGCCAAAAACAAGCACCUGAGGAUCCCGCUUGGAUUUCGGUCGCUAGUGAAGGGAAUCUCGACCAACAGUGGAAAAUCCUGCAAAGCAAAGCGCAUAAAGACACGUUACCGCUUUACGGUGUGCCUGUCGCGAUCAAGGAUAACAUCGAUGCACGCGGUUUCGACACAACUGCCGCAUGCCCCUCUUUUAGGUACACUCCAGCGCAGGACUCAACCGUGGUAGCGCUUUUGAGAGAUGCAGGUGCCAUUAUCGUGGGGAAGACCAAUUUGGACCAGUUUGCAACCGGUUUGGUCGGCACUAGAUCGCCCUACGGUAAAACUCCUUGUGUUUUCAGUGACAAGCACGUUUCGGGCGGUUCUUCAGCAGGUUCCAGCUCCGUAGUGGGCAGAGGUAUAGUACCGCUCGCCUUGGGCACUGACACUGCGGGUUCCGGCAGAGUCCCCGCUGCUUUGAACAAUUUAAUUGGGUUGAAACCUACAAGAGGCAUAUUCUCCUGCUACGGUGUCGUACCCGCUUGUAAAUCGCUGGACUGCGUGUCCGUGUUUGCAUUCAAUUUAAAGGAUGCGGAAACCUGUCUCAAAGUCAUGGCCAAACCAGAUUCAGAGAAAGACGAAUAUUCAAGACCACUCCCAGCAAAUCCACUGCGAAAAUAUCCACAGCACGUGAAAGUCGCCAUCCCCAAACAACUUUACUGGUACGGGGAGACGCAUAAUCCUAAAAUAUAUGAAGACGCUGUUGAAAACCUGAAAAAGACGGGCGCCGAAGUUUCGGUACUGGAUUUCGAGCCUUUACUAGAUCUAGCACGUUGUCUGUACGAAGGUGCAUGGGUCGCGGAGCGGUACGAGGCCACGAGAGAUUUUUUCGCGACAAAUCCUCCAAAAUCCACUCUUGAUCCAACAGUUACAGCGAUCAUCAAAUCUGCCACGAAAUUCGACGCCGCGGACGCUUUCAAGUUCGAAUACAAGCGUCAAGGGAUUUUGCAGAAAGUCAAGAAGGCACUGAAAGAAGUAGACGUCCUUUGUGUUCCUACUUGUCCUUUGAAUCCAACUUUCGAGCAAAUCGAAGCCGAACCGGUGCUUGUCAACUCCAGACAAGGAACAUGGACCAACUUUGUUAAUUUGGCCGACAUGGCCGCAUUGGCCAUUCCCGCCGGUUUUCGGCCCGAUGGUCUUCCCAACGGUGUGACAUUGAUCGGGAAGAAAUUCACGGACUUCGCGCUUUUGGACUUGGCCAACAGAUUCUUCAAAGAGGCCUUCCCAAACAAUUCGAGAAGUUACGGUGUCUUCACUGACAAACAAGUCAACCUAGAGGACGAGUUAGAAGGCCCCGAGGGAUGUCUCAAAAAUUCAAUUAGGCUAGCAGUCGUAGGAGCUCAUCUUAAAGGGCUACCACUACAUUGGCAGCUGGAGGCCGUUAAUGCACAAUAUUUGGCCUCCCCAAAAACGUCUAAGAAUUACAAGCUUUACGCUCUUCCCAAGACUGGUCCGGUUUUGAAACCGGGUCUCAGAAGAGUAGAAUCUACUACUGGAUCUCAAAUUCAACUUGAAGUAUACAGUGUACCAAAGGACAAGUUUGGCACUUUCAUUACAAUGGUUCCUGAACCUUUAGGAAUUGGCUCUGUCGAACUUGAAUCCGGUGAAUGGGUGAAAUCCUUUAUUUGCGAGGAGUUUGGUUACACGCAGAAGGGCACCGUGGACAUCACUAGCUAUGGCAGCUUUAAAACUUACGUGGAAUACCUAGAAAGAGAAGAUGCCAAGACCAAGAAACCUUUUCAAACGGUUCUUAUUGCCAACAGAGGUGAAAUUGCUGUCAGAAUAAUCAAAACGCUGAAAAAACUCGGCAUCAAGUCCGUUGCAGUUUAUUCGGACCCCGACAAAUAUUCUCGCCAUGUUACGGAUGCCGAUUUUGCAGUUCCGCUUCAUGGAAGAACGGCAGCCGAGACAUACCUUGACAUUGACAAGAUUAUUACUGCUGCUAAAGAAACCAACUCUGAGGCGAUCAUUCCCGGGUACGGGUUUUUGUCCGAGAAUGCUGACUUUUCUGACAGGUGUGGUCAAGAGGGAAUUGUUUUCGUUGGCCCUUCAGGUGACGCAAUUCGCAAACUGGGCCUAAAGCAUUCUGCCAGAGAAAUAGCUGCAAAAGCUGGUGUGCCACUUGUGCCAGGUUCCGGUCUCAUCUCCUCACCUCAGGAGGCCAAGAAAGUUGCUCGAGAAAUUGAAUACCCUGUAAUGGUGAAGUCCACUGCUGGCGGUGGUGGUAUUGGUUUGCAGAAAGUCGAUUCAGAGGACGAAAUCGAAAGAGUUUUCGAAACCGUCCAACACCAAGGUAAGGCAUAUUUCGGCGACUCUGGCGUCUUUUUAGAACGUUUUGUUGAGAAUGCAAGACAUGUUGAGAUACAAAUGAUGGGAGAUGGCCGCGGGAAGGCUAUUGCCAUCGGUGAACGUGACUGCUCCUUGCAGCGGCGCAACCAGAAGGUUAUUGAAGAAACUCCUGCGCCAAAUUUGAGCGAGAAGACACGCUUAAGGAUGAGAAAAGCCUCUGAAAACUUAGGGUCAUUACUCAAUUACAAGUGUGCUGGUACUGUUGAGUUUAUUUACGAUGAGAAGAGGGACGAAUUUUAUUUUCUGGAGGUAAAUGCUAGAUUACAAGUCGAACAUCCAAUUACUGAAAUGACCACCGGCCUCGACCUAGUUGAAUGGAUGCUGAGAAUCGCCGCUGACGAUCCUCCUGACUUUGAUUCUACGAAGAUCGGAGUCAACGGAGCAUCCAUCGAGGCUCGUUUAUAUGCUGAAAAUCCUAUCAAAGAUUUCAGACCUUCUCCAGGGCAACUGACCGAUGUCAAAUUUCCCGGGUGGGCAAGAGUUGAUACUUGGGUUGAAAAAGGAACUGUUGUAUCAGCAGAAUACGACCCCACUUUGGCCAAGAUUAUUGUGCACGGGAAAGAUCGGAACGAUGCUAUAAUCAAGCUAAACAAAGCGCUAGAGGAAACUGUCAUUUAUGGGUGCGUUACAAAUAUCGACUACCUUAGGUCAAUUGCAUCUUCUGACAUGUUUAAAUCUGCCAAGGUAGCUACAAAGGUUUUGGACUCUUUCGACUACAAGGCAAAUGCCAUCGAAGUUUUAGCUCCUGGUGCUUACACCACUGUUCAAGAUUAUCCUGGAAGAAAAGGGUAUUGGAGGAUUGGUGUUCCUCCCUCUGGUCCCAUGGAUGCCUACUCCUUUAGAUUGGCUAAUCGUAUUGUGGGAAACCAUGAGAAAGCGCCUGCUAUUGAAAUCACAUUAAAUGGCCCCAAAAUUCUCUUCCACCACGAAUGUGACAUCGCGAUAAGUGGAGGUGUUGCCCCAUGUACCAUCAAUGAUCAGCCUGUUGAUUUGAAUAAACCGAUUACAGUUAAAAGAGGAGACACUUUGGCAAUCGGCAAGCUUGUUUCAGGAUGCCGUUCGUACCUUGCUGUGAGAGGAGGUAUUGAUGUACCCGAAUACUUAGGAUCUCGUUCGACAUUCGCUCUGGGAAAUAUGGGCGGUUACAAUGGUAGAGUCUUGAAGUUGGGUGAUGUUCUCUUUAUCAACAAACCAGAACUUGCUUCAACUAAUAUCCCUGCACCCAUGUACGAGCCCGCCAUGGCUCCAAACAGCUUAAUACCACAAAUUGCUCAGAAGGAAUGGCAAAUUGGUGUCACUUGUGGCCCUCAUGGUUCUCCUGACUUCUUCAAACCCGAAUCGAUUGAAGAAUUCUUCGCUGAGAAGUGGAAGGUUCACUAUAAUUCAAACAGGUUUGGUGUGAGACUAGUGGGUCCUAAACCGAAAUGGGCGAGAAACGAUGGUGGGGAAGGUGGCUUGCAUCCAUCUAAUGCACAUGACUAUGUCUACUCGUUGGGUGCCAUCAACUUUACCGGAGAUGAACCAGUGAUUAUUACGUCUGAUGGUCCAUCGCUUGGGGGUUUUGUUUGUCAAGCCGUCGUUCCAGAGGCUGAGCUUUGGAAGGUUGGACAAGUGAAACCAGGUGAUUUGAUUCAAUUCGUUCCUGUUUCUUAUGAGACGGCAAGAUGUUUAAAAGAAUCACAAGACAAUGCCAUUGCUUCAUUUCAAGACGGCUCUUUGAAGGUAUUGAAUGAGAAACUAGUGCUCCCAAAAUAUGAAGAUCCUAUUCUCGCCCAGCUCGCCAAAAGGUCCGACCUCUCGCCUAAAGUUACCUAUCGCCAGGCUGGUGACAGAUAUGUCCUUGUUGAGUAUGGCGAAAACGAAAUGGAUUUGAACAUUUCUUACCGAGUUAACAGACUUAUUAGUACCGUUGAAAAACAUCAUACCGUCGGUAUCAUCGAGAUGUCUCAAGGUGUCAGAUCUGUCUUAAUAGAAUUCGACGGAUAUUUGAUUUCUCAAAAGAGGCUUGUCGAUACAUUGAUUGCUUAUGAGCAAGAAAUACAUUUCGACAAAAACUGGUCAAUAAAGUCCAAAAUUUUGAAACUGCCUCUUGCUUUUGAAGAUUCCAAAACUUUGGAGUGUGUCAAACGUUAUCAGGAAACAAUCCGUUCAUCUGCACCAUGGCUUCCUAACAAUGUUGACUUCAUAGCUGACGUUAACGAUAUCACACACAAAGACGUUGAAGACAUGCUCUACAGUGCUAGGUUUCUUGUAUUGGGUCUUGGAGAUGUGUUCUUAGGCGCUCCUUGUGCUGUACCACUUGAUCCUCGUCACAGGUUCUUAGGAUCGAAGUACAAUCCAUCGAGAACUUACACCAAGAACGGUACAGUAGGUAUUGGAGGCAUGUACAUGUGCAUCUAUGCUAUGGAUUCUCCAGGUGGAUAUCAAUUGGUUGGUAGAACUAUUCCAAUCUGGGACAAGCUAAAGCUAGGUACCCACUCAAAGGAACAUCCAUGGCUACUUACACCUUUUGAUCAGGUCGAAUUCUACCCCGUUAGUGAGGCAGAGCUAGACAAGUUCACUGAAGACUGCAGCAAUGGUAAAUUCUCUGUCCAAAUCGAAGAAGGCGUUUUCGAUCACAAACGCUAUUUGGAAUGGAUCGACAAAAACAUUGACUCAAUCACAAAAUUCCAAGAAAGCCAGAAAGGUUCCAAGGCCGAGGAGUUUGCCAAGUUAAUUCAAGUAUCUAAUGCUGAACUUGAACAAACUACAGGUAGCACCGCUGCCCCUGAGCAAAGCUAUCCAGAAAACGCUGAAUUCGUUUAUUCAGAAUAUUCAGGAAGGUUUUGGAAACCAACAGUUACAGUUGGUGACAAAGUAUCAAAGGGUCAAAGCUUAGUGAUUGUCGAAGCCAUGAAAACAGAGAUGGUGGUCGCAGCACCACGGGAGGGCAAAGUGCUCGACAUUUUGCACAAGAAUGGAGACAUGGUCGAAGCUGGCGACGUAGUAGUCGUGAUUGAAUGA